UGGCGGCGGCGCCGGCCUGGCCUGGCCUGGCGGAGGGGAGGCGGCGGGCGGGCGCGAUGGCGGAGGCCGGGCCACAGGCGCCGCCGCCCCCAGGCACCCCAAGCCGUCACGAGAAGAGCCUGGGACUUCUCACCACCAAGUUCGUGUCUCUCCUGCAGGAGGCCAAGGACGGCGUGCUUGACCUCAAGCUGGCAGCUGACACCCUAGCUGUGCGGCAGAAGCGGCGGAUUUAUGACAUUACCAACGUGUUGGAAGGUAUUGGGCUGAUCGAGAAAAAGUCCAAGAACAGCAUCCAGUGGAAGGGCGUGGGGCCUGGCUGCAAUACCCGGGAGAUUGCUGACAAGCUGAUUGAGCUCAAGGCUGAGAUCGAGGAGCUGCAGCAGCGUGAGCAAGAACUGGACCAGCACAAGGUGUGGGUGCAGCAGAGCAUCCGGAACGUCACAGAGGACGUGCAGAACAGCUGCUUGGCCUACGUGACUCAUGAGGACAUCUGCAGAUGCUUUGCUGGAGACACUCUCCUGGCCAUCCGGGCCCCAUCGGGCACCAGCCUGGAGGUGCCUAUCCCAGAGGGUCUCAAUGGGCAGAAGAAGUACCAGAUUCACCUGAAAAGUGUGAGUGGCCCCAUCGAGGUGCUGCUGGUGAACAAGGAAGCAUGGAGCUCCCCACCUGUGGCUGUGCCCGUGCCACCACCUGAAGAUCUGCUCCAGGGCCCGCCUGCUGUUUCAACCCCGCCACCUCUGCCCAAGCCUGCACUAAUCCAGCCCCAGGAAGCCUCGCGUCCAAGUAGUCCCCAGCUGACCACCCCCACCCCUGUCCCUAGUGGCACUGAAGUCCAGGGGGUGGCCAGUCCAGCAGCUGAGAUUACAGUGAGUGGUGGCCCCGGAGCUGACAGCAAGGACAGUGGUGAGCUCAGCUCACUCCCACUGGGCUCGACAGCACUGGACACCCGGCCGCUGCAGUCUUCAGCCUUGCUGGACAGCAGCAGUAGCAGCAGCAGCAGCAGCAGCAAUAGCAGUUUAUCCGGACCGAACCCUUCUACCUCCUUUGAGCCCAUCAAGGCGGAGCCCACGGACGUUUUGGAACUCCCAAAAGAGCUGUCGGAAAUCUUUGAUCCCACACGAGAAUGCAUGAGCUCGGAGCUGCUGGAGGAGUUGAUGUCCUCAGAAGUGUUUGCCCCGCUUCUCCGUCUUUCUCCACCCCCUGGAGACCACGACUACAUCUACAAUCUGGAUGAGAGCGAAGGCGUCUGUGACCUCUUUGAUGUGCCUGUUCUCAACCUCUGACUGACGGGAUUUGCCCUGUGUGGCUGGGACCCAGACUGUCUGACCUGGGGCUGCCUGGGACCCCUCAAUCCCCAACCCCUCCAAAGCUUGAGAGCCACAGCCUCCCAGCUUCCCCAGACUUUCCUCACCACACACUCUGGCCAUAGCCCCCACGCUGCACUGGUUCUUGUGCGGUGCUAGCAGAGCAGGCAAAAGGGGCUCAGCCCUUCUCCCACGGAGCCAGUGUUUGCCUCUCCUGGGGCCUCCCCCAGCCCCGGUUUGGCUGCCACCUGGUGGUGCAGAACUGAGGACCCACCGUUGCUCCCCGAAGGCAGCCUGUCCAUCCUCCUGCCCUGCUCCUGCCAGCCCUCCCCUUAGGAGGAAGGGUGGGUGAGCUGGAUGCUCGCCAGCACCCUCCCAGCUUCCCCCCCCAACCCAGCUGCUCCUGGACCUCUCCUGCCCACUUCUGCUGGGCCCUUAGCCCUGAGAGCCUGCCGAGGUGGUGAUCAGGUGCUGACAAGAAGGAAUCUGGGCAGGUCC